CUCUCUGUGUGUGUGUGGAAGAGGGAGGGGAGAGAGAGACACAACCUUCGGUUUUCGCUGCAGUGCUACAGAGGAGCCACUCGAGGACUUCGUGCCUCAGGUUUCGCCGGCGCCAAGUGCCCACAGGUCCGGUCAGCUUGUGUGAAGGCUCGCCUGUUGUGCGCGUCGCGCGACUGAGGGGGACUCCGCGUCGCCUCCUCCGGCGGGCUUGCCUGCUCUGGACGACCCCUUUCCUCGAGCUUCCUCGGGGGUCUCUCACGAGGGAAGACGCGCUUUCUGGAGGUCCCCAUCCCCGGCUCUCUUUCGGCUCUUCCUCUUUUUUUUGCGGUAGGAGCUUAUCUAUUCAUGGGGCUAAAAAGCGUGUGCAGAUCUACCAAGGGAGAAGUACACCAAGCCAUCUUUUGCCACAGCAUCCAUCUGUGGUUAGGUAUUCUUCUUUUCCACAAGUCAGAAAGUCAAUAAAAAUGGAAGCCUCCUCUUCUGGACCUGUUAUAUUAGCAGCACCAAUUGGAAGACCAGUUACACAUCAGCCAGUAGCCAAGGAUGUCAAUAUUUUCUUUGAUGAAUUAGAAGGCAUAAACAGUCCUUCCAAAGAUGAUGAUUCUUUGAUUCACCAUGGUAACUUGACUAGUACUUCAGAUGAUACUAGCAGACUGGAGGCAGUGGUGGAGGGUAUACCAGAAAAAAAUAAAUCCAGUGGGCUCUAUUUUAGGGAUGGAAAAUGUCGGAUAGACUACCUCUUGGUGUACAGAAAAUCCAACCCACAAACUGAAAAAAGAGAGGUGUUUGAACGAAAUAUCAGAGCAGAAGGACUUCAAAUGGAGAAAGAGUCAUCGUUAUCAAACAGCGAUAUCAUCUUUGUGAAGUUGCAUGCACCGUGGGAAGUGCUGGGCAAAUAUGCAGAGCUUAUGAAUGUAAGAAUGCCUUUCAGGCCCUUUAACCCUUUCACUGCUGGAGCCCCCUGCAUACUCGUGCCCUGCUGUUUUUUAAAUGGACAUUUCUUUGAAAACAAUGGAAGGUCAAGAAGAUCCAGGAGAAAAAUCUAUUACCUGCACCGCCGAUACAAGUUCCUGAACAGAAUUGAAAAACAAUUAAGCAGGUUUCGAGGAUGGCUGCCUAAAAAGCCAAUGAGGCUGGACAAGGAAAGACUGCCCGACCUGGAGGAGAAUGACUGCUACACUGCCCCAUUCAGUCAGCAAAGGAUUCAUCACUUCAUCAUCCACAACAAAGACACUUUCUUCAACAAUGCGACAAGAAGUAGAAUUGUUCACCACAUUUUACAGAGAGUAAAAUAUGAAGAAGGGAAAAAUAAGAUUGGUCUGAAUCGAUUGCUUACUAAUGGCUCCUAUGAAGCUGCAUUUCCUCUUCAUGAGGGUAGUUACAAAAGUAAAAAAUCCAUACGAACCCAUGGGGCAGAAAACCACAGGCAUCUACUUUAUGCAUGCUGGGCUUCGUGGAGAGCAUGGUAUAAAUACCAGCCUUUGGAUCUUGUACGACGGUACUUCGGUGAGAAAAUUGGCUUGUACUUUGCCUGGUUAGGCUGGUACACAGGAAUGCUCUUUCCAGCUGCCUUCAUUGGAUUGUUUGUCUUUUUAUAUGGAGUAGCCACACUGAAGCACUGCCAAGUCAGUAAAGAAGUCUGCCAAGCUACAGAAAUUAUAAUGUGUCCUAUAUGUGACAAAUACUGCCCCUUCAUGAGGUUAUCAGAUAGCUGUGUCUAUGCCAAGGUAACACAUCUUUUUGACAAUGGAGCUACUGUCUUCUUUGCUGUUUUCAUGGCAGUGUGGGCAACUGUUUUCCUAGAAUUCUGGAAGAGAAGACGAGCAGUCAUUGCUUAUGAUUGGGACUUGAUAGACUGGGAAGAAGAGGAGGAAGAAAUACGCCCCCAGUUUGAAGCCAAAUACUCCAAGAAGGAGAGAAUGAAUCCAAUAUCUGGCAAGCCAGAGCCUUAUCAAGCAUUUGCAGAUAAAUGCAGCAGAAUUAUUGUUUCCGCAUCUGGAAUAUUUUUUAUGUUGUAUGAAAAGGUUGCUCUUUUUCUCACAAAUUUAGAGCAGCCGCGUACUGAGUCUGAGUGGGAGAACAGCUUCACUUUGAAAAUGUUUCUUUUUCAAUUUGUCAAUUUGAACAGCUCUACCUUUUAUAUAGCAUUCUUCCUUGGAAGAUUUACAGGUCACCCAGGUGCCUAUUUGAGGCUGAUAAACAGAUGGAGGCUAGAAGAGUGUCACCCCAGUGGAUGCCUUAUAGAUCUCUGUAUGCAAAUGGGCAUUAUAAUGGUGCUAAAGCAGACUUGGAACAACUUUAUGGAACUGGGCUACCCGUUAAUUCAGAAUUGGUGGACCAGACGAAAACUGCGGCAGGAAUAUGGUUCACAGAGAAGAACAAGUUUCCCACAAUGGGAGAAGGACUACAAUCUUCAGCCUAUGAAUGCCUACGGACUUUUUGAUGAAUACCUAGAAAUGAUUCUUCAGUUUGGAUUCACAACCAUCUUUGUGGCAGCUUUCCCACUUGCGCCACUCCUGGCCUUGCUUAACAAUAUUAUUGAAAUUCGGCUUGAUGCAUAUAAAUUUGUCACACAGUGGAGACGGCCAUUAGCCUCAAGAGCUAAAGAUAUAGGAAUCUGGUAUGGAAUUCUAGAAGGCAUAGGAAUACUUUCUGUCAUCACAAAUGCAUUUGUGAUCGCUGUAACCUCUGAUUUCAUUCCCCGGCUUGUUUAUGCUUACAAAUAUGGACCAUGUGCAGGUCAAGGGGAGGCUGGACAAAAGUGUAUGAUUGGCUAUGUUAAUGCAAGUUUAUCAAUAUUUCUGGUGUCUGAUUUUGAACAUCGCUCAGAACCAUCUUCAAAUGGAAGUGAGUUCUCUGGGUCACCACUGAAAUACUGCAGAUACAGAGACUACCGUGAACCUCCUCAUUCUCCAGUGCCCUAUGGAUACACAUUACAGUUCUGGCAUGUCUUAGCAGCACGGUUGGCUUUCAUUAUUGUUUUUGAGCACCUCGUGUUUUGCAUAAAACACCUGAUUUCCUAUUUAAUCCCAGACCUUCCCAAAGAUCUAAGGGAUCGUAUGAGAAGGGAAAAAUACCUGAUUCAGGAAAUGAUGUAUGAAGCAGAACUGGAGCGCCUCCAAAAAGAACGGAAGGAGCGGAAGAAAAAUGGAAAAUCUUACCACAAUGAGUGGCCAUAAUUAAAAUGGAUAGCAGACCUAUAUUCCAUUUGAUUAUUCCACUUUCAGAAGACUACUACCUUCAAGAGAAUGAAAAACAGAUGCAAUCCCAAUGCAUGCCACAAUAUGAUAUAGCAAACAGGGCAGACCAUUUCAAGGAAUUAACAACUGUGAAGACAUGUUGCAAUCAACAUGAUUGCUAUUCAUACACCAUUCUAGACAAAAAAGAAAGAGAGCAUGUAACACCAGUUUUUAAAAUCAAGAAACUUGUAUACCAUGGACUAUUUUUCAGCCCGUUUGCUACUCUUUUGCAUUAUGUUCCAUGCCACUUUUUCAACUCUUAAAAUCGCAAACGCAUACAAAUCUGGAUACUUUAGCAACACUUAAAAUAUCAUCUCCUACAAAAAUACCAUGUACAUCAGAUACACUAUGUAUCUAUUUGCCAUUGGAUUUUUUUUAUUUUUAUUUUUGGAGGGGAGAUC